AGUAAUACCUAUCUUUAGCCAAUAAGGUUUUAGAUAUCCUUUUGUGAAAUUUUUAUCACUUCGGUUUUGCCCAUCUACAGAUCAGCCGUGAAAGAGUGGAACCAAUCUUAGCUGUAAACUGACAGACAUAAAUACUUUAUCAGGGAUGCUACUGUAGCAUAAGAUAAGACUGGCAGAAAAAAGAGAAAAUUUGGACAUGUUCCCAAAGUGAAAAAUACUCAUUUUCUAUUUCUAGAAGCAGCGUUGUGUGUUUACUAAUGCAAUACAUGAUAGCCGUGUUUGUUAAGUGGUAAUAUUUUCAUUUGCGCCUGAUUCACAUAUCGAGAUAUAUAACUCAAGUAAAAAAAUCGAUAAUACUACGCAGUUUUGUCGAUAUUUUAAGCGUGUUUUACUGACAACGCAUAGAUAAGCUUUUGAACGAGUGGCGUCAUAUUUAUGGGAUCUUAUUCACGUGGACAUAACCCUAAUGGCAGCUACUUGGCCGCCGUCACAGACUCUGAGCAGUAGCGAGAUGUUUCUGUUAAAUGUUACGGAAUCUUUCUCCACUCAAAAGGUGUCAAGUACUCCUGGUGUAGAGGACUAUAUUGCAUCAGUCCUCGGCCCGAAACGGCUUACUCUUCGCUGGUUGAUUCCUCUAACAUCAGUGUACGCAGUGAUUUUCCUGACGGGGGUAGUUGGGAAUGCUUGCACAUGUCUCGUCAUAGCCCGGAACCAAUACAUGCAGACUGGUACCAACUGCUACCUCUUCAAUCUGGCUGUAGCUGAUAUGUUGACGUUACUGUGUGCCAUGCCGUUAGAGCUGUACACAAUGUGGCAACAGUACCCUUGGGAACUGGGUAGUUUGAUUUGUGAACUUCGUGCUAUAGUUCCCGAAACCACUGCCUACGCCUCCAUUCUGACUAUAGUAACGUUUAGUACUGAACGAUACAUAGCAAUAUGUCAUCCUAUACGUCAUCAGACCAAAUCGAAGAUUUCCCGAGCGAUGCGAAAUAUUGUUAUAAUAUGGGUUUUGUCUUUCGUUGGAGCAACGCCCUAUGGAAUCUUUACCCGCGUGAAUUACCUCACGGAUGAUAAAGGCAUCACACUCGAAUCGUCAGCCUGGUGUGGUUUUCCUUUCAACAAACCAGACAGAAGCUGGGAGACGUUGAUGUUGUGCUCCACGUUUCUUUUCUUUGUGGUCCCAAUGACAGUAAUUGUUGUACUGUAUGUGAGAAUAGCGAUGACGUUACACCAGUCCAAAAAUCUCCGUAGGUAUACUUCCGAAGGAAGCGCCUCCUACCGAGGAGAUAGAUCAAAAAUACAAUCACGUGGAGUAGUGGUUCGCAUGUUAAUUGCCGUUGUCAUAGCGUUCUUCGUGUGCUGGGCACCGUUUCAUUCCCAAAGACUUCUCUUUCUCUAUGUUACUCUAUACUCAGGAUGGACGACGCAGCUACGAACAGUUAAUCACUACCUAUUCACUCUUGCAGGUUGUUUUUACUACUUCAACUCGACCAUCAACCCAGUUCUGUACAGUGUCAUGUCCAACCGUUUUCGGGUGGCUUUCAGGGAGAAAUUGUGUACGGACCCUCCAAGUAUCUAUUGCUUCUGUUCAUGUUGUUGCUGUUGUCGGCAUGAAGUUGACGACAAACGUUCUAAGCGACCCAUUAGCUACAGAAACUCUAGCUCCCAGGGAUCUGUCCGUUCGAAUCGAAAUCAUUCGUUAAAUAGUCUUCGACUAGAUCGUAACAACUCGUGUCUUCGACUCCGAAACAUGGAGGUAGAGAACUGUAUCAAUAGCAGCCCUUUACCAGUAUCAAUGAAAUGGGUAAGAAACCCAAAUUAUGAACCUGUUCUUGUAGAUUGUGAGAAAAGGCGGACAGCAGGUGAAAACAUCCUAGUUGUUCCUGUAACACAUACUUCCAGAACAGUUAGUGAAUCUAAUUUCCAAACUAGGAUCAGGUUUGAACAGGGUAAGGAUCAGAAUACCCACAAAGACGACCUACAAGAAGACGAGUUAGCAGAAGAACUGGACAAGGCUAUCCGGCCUCAACUAUCAAAACUUUCAGUUGCAGAUCCAGGAUGUGUCGACUGUACCAACUGUAACAUUAUUUUCACACCAAAGUUUAACCAUAGCUAUAGCACAGCUGAUAAAUCGACAGAUAGGAAGAAAACAGAUAAAUCAAUACGAGAACCCGUAAUACCUGAAGGAUCUGUGGUUUAACCACAUAUUUUAGGCUUAGCCAACUAUUUUAUGUAAUAUUAGAUGUAUAAUCAUACUGAUGGAGUCGAAUAGAAAGUUUAUAUGAAGCUUGUGAAAUGUCCUCGAGUAAUUAGAUAAAAUGUAAUAAUAUAGUGUGUUUAUGGGUGGGAUGGGAAGAACAGAUUGUCGCUUAAGACAGAUUAAUGAUGUUUUUAAAACUCGUUUAUUUAUUGAGAUGUCAUAUUAUUACUAAGAACUUAAAUGUUAAUUAUUAAUAACAACUUCUGAAAUGAGGUAAUGGUGAGUGUAAAAUGAUAUGUCAGCCACAGUAUACUUGCUGUACCCAGUGCCGAAAAGACCUUUUGUUGAAUACCAUGGAUCUUUAGGCCAGCUAGGCCAAUUGAUUGACAACAAAUAGAAUGGGGUAAAUUGAAUUAAGUUGGCAAAGUGUAAAAUCUUCAUUGAUUUUAUUUAUUUUAGAACACAUCAAAGGUAGGGUAAAUAUUUUGAACACUUUAUAUUUACUUCUUUUAACACUAUAUAUAUUAGUGAUAAUUAUUUUAUUGAAUUAACUUGCUAAUCUUUUUAAUUCCUGAGCUCCUCAAGCAACCACAAUGCCAACAGGUGAAGACUGCAUUUUUAUUUGUUAUUUAUGGAUAAUAACGUUUGAAGAGCAAAUAAUAUUAUGUCAACCAGGCUAUAUGUGCUAUAUCCUGUGCCGACGAGGCCUUUCGCCAAUUACCACUAGUAAUAUACGAUUGUUACUUAAACAUUAAUAACAUUAGAUUUUUUCAUUGCACAUUUCCGUCGCCAAUGGAUUUUGUGCUGGAGAUAUUAUAAUGCCCAUGCGCAGAGUAAUGACAGAUUGGACCUCUUCAUCCUAUUUAUGUUGUUGAGAAUCUAUUUUGUUUGUUAGGCAAACAUACUGUGGCAUUGAGUUUAGAAUUCCCGAAUUCACAGAAUGCUUUAUAAUGCAACAAUUUACUUACUAAGUAAAAUAUUUUUCCUCCUACUACUACUACCUUUGAACACAGCAUAUUCAAGUUGUAAAUUAUGAUUCGCUACGACAUAAAAAUCAAUAGAAUAUCACUCUGAUGUUAAGUUGUGUUACUCAUUGUUUAUUCUAAA